GAAGAAGAUUAAGACUUGCCCAGACGCUUAUGCCAUCUUCGAAACUGAGGCCAGCCGCGAUGCGGCAGUAGAAACUGCCGAGGCCUCCGGCGGCGUGGAGUUCCAUGGCAACACGCUCCUCCUGAAUGCCUCCCGCGUGGAGCCGCAGACGGUCCAGUGGAAGAACUGCGCCAACACCGAUCUCGUCGUCAAGGCAAAACGCAUUGCCAUGGGCAUGUGCAUCAUGUUUGCUGGUUUGGCCCUUUGGGUGGUGGCCUUCUACUUGCCCUACGCCUGGUUCACCUUGACUUUCAACUACUCCUACGGCCAGGAGCCCGGAUUCGUGGCUGGCAUGACCUUCUCCAUGGUCGUCGUUGCGGGCAAUGCGCUGAUGUAUUUGGUGUGCAGCGAGGUGGCCGACCGCACACGCUUCAUCUACAUCGACGACCGGGAGGUUUGCUACAUGCUUCUCUACUGCUUCGCCUGCGUCUUCAACGUGGCUCUUGAUCUGAUCACCACCUACAUGGUGGCCUACCGGGUUAAUGUUGGUCUCCGCAUGAAGACGUACGACGGCACCCUCCUGUCCAACUUGCAGUCCUUCUCCGACCGCUUCGAAUCCUAUGCCAUGCAGCGCACCCUGGCGAACAACCUCUAUGCCUAUGCCUUCCCUGCAACCUUCCUCAUCCCUUUCCUCAUUGAGCCCGUUGCGACCAUCUACGCACCCUACAAGCUCAUGGUCAUGAUCAUCCGCACGCAGCCGCACAUUAAGGGCUUCAUGGCCGAGAACUUGUUGGGAGGUUUGGUCUUCGAUCUCUCGCGCUAUGCCGACCUGAUGCUGGAUGCAAUGAUCGCCGUGCUCAUCUUCUUCUUCCCAGGCGGCUUCAACAUUCAGAUGUUCCUUGGCAUGGCCUUGUCCCACGUGUACAUCUACGCCUUCGACCACUACCGCGUCCUCCGGUCCAUCCAGAGCUGCAACUACACAGACAAGAUGGUGGACUGGUGGUCGCAGUGGCUGAUGGCCAUCCCCUGUGGCUGCAUGUUGGCCUGCUUCGUCUUCAAGGCCAACUGCCAGCCGGGAUACUUCUGCAUGGAAGGAGACGAGAUGGUUACUGCAUGUGCACUGGCGUUCUUUGCCCACAUCCUGCUCCACACCGUGCUCCUGAAGUAUGUCGUGCCCAAGUUCGGCCUGACUGGCGAGUCUGAUGGUGCUGAGACGAACACCUACAAGGAUUGCUCUCAGCGCCUAGCCUGCUCCUGGUUCACUGCGAACCCGGUCUACUGCCUCCGCUCGCAAUACGUCUACAAGCACAGCCCACCCUGCACCUACUUCCUCCCAGGCAAGGAGCACUUGAUUGAGAAGAACGAAGAGAUCGGCCUCUUCUUUGAGGACUGCCCAGCCAAAGAGGAGGACUAUGACGCUCCGCACGUGGACACUGAAGCGCUGAAGGCAAAGGUCUCGGAUCUCCGUGGGAAGGUCACCGCACAGGCAGAGGAGCUUUCAGGCAAGGUUUCUGGCCAUUUCGAGGACCUUUCCGGCAAGGUGAGCGGACAGUUUGAGGACUUGAAGGGAAAGAUGUCUGGAAAUCUGGAGGACCUGAAGGGAAAGAUGUCCGGAACUUUCGAUCGCUUCCUGAAGAAGGAGGAUCCCUCUGGCCCGUCUGGCGAGGGUGGUUCAAGCAGCUGA